CGCUCUUUUCCUUUGCAGUGCAGAGAGAGAGAGAGAAGCGGAAAAUGCCGUUGGGAAAAUAUUACUGUGAUUACUGCGAAAAGGAAUUUCAAGAUACUGCAAUUGCCCGUAAACGCCAUCUUCAGAGCGCCUCGCACGUCCGCGCCAAAUCCCUUUGGUACGCCUCUCUUAGAUCCGGAGACCCCAGUCAAACUUAUGCUGAUGGUGCCAAGGGGAUCUGCAAUCGAUUCGUCAAAACGGGAUUUUGUCCUUAUGGGGAUUCUUGCAAGUACCUGCAUCCAAACAACAGCAACAACUUGCAAAAUAAUGUUGGUACUUCUCAAGCUGCUGGCCUUAUGGAUAAUGUUCAGUCACCGUUUAUUCCGGGAAGUCAAUUAGUUGGAGGAAGCUCUUUGCCAGGUGAAAUGUUGAGAGAUAGCAUGGGAAUGCCAUGGGGCAAUCUGCCUCCAUCACUAAAGCCUCCUCCAGAGGGCGGGUAUCUGCCUCUUCCCUUCGUGGAUUGGGGUUAGUAUCAUUUGGUGCUGUCGGCAAUGGUGAAUCAGAUGAUACACAAGCCUUUAAGAUGGCUUGGGAUGCUGCCUGCAGCCAGACAGCGUUUUCGGUUCUUCUUGCUCCUGCUGGUUAUAGUUUCUUGAUAUUUCCUACUAUCUUUGCUGGACCUUGUAAAGGGGGCCUUGUGUUUCAGAUUGAUGGAACUAUAAUCCCACCUGAUGGCCCUGAAUCAUGGCCAAAAAAUGCAAGUAAAAGAAAUUGGUUGAUCUUCUACAAAAUCAAUGAAAUGUUAAUGCAAGGAGGAGGUGUCAUAGAUGGGAAAGGAGAGAAAUGGUGGAAGCUUCCUUGCAAGCCUCAUAACAAAGGGAGUAAUGCACAUCCUGGUCCUUGUGAUAGCCCAGUUGCCAUAAGAUUUUUCAUGAGCUCAAAUUUGACAGUGCAAGGACUUAAAAUGAAGAACAGUCCACAGUUCCAUUUCCGGUUCGAUAACUGCCAGAACAUUCAUGUAGAAAUGCUUAACAUUAAAGCACCAGCUUUAAGUCCUAACACAGAUGGAAUUCACAUAGAGAACACUAACAAUGUUCAUAUAUAUAACUCAGUAGUAUCCAACGGAGACGAUUGCAUCUCAAUUGGAGCUGGUUGCCAUAAUGUUGAUAUAAAGAACAUAACAUGUGGUCCAAGUCAUGGAAUAAGCAUUGGCAGUCUCGGGAUUCGCAACUCGCGAGCUUGUGUUUCGAACAUAACAGUGACAGAUUCAGUUAUUAAGCAUUCUGAUAAUGGUGUUAGGAUCAAAACAUGGCAAGGAGGUUAUGGUUCUGUAUCUAAAGUCACAUUCAACAAUAUUCAUAUGGACACGGUCCGGAAUCCUAUUAUUAUAGAUCAAUACUACUGCCAAACCAAGAACUGUACUAAUCAAACAAGUGCAGUUUACAUUUCUGAUAUUUUGUACUCAAACAUUAAGGGUACAUAUGAUGUUAGAAGUCCAGCUUUUCAUUUGGCUUGCAGUGAUUCAGUUCCUUGCUCUGAUCUUAUAUUGUCUGACAUAGAGUUGCUUCCUGCUAAAGGAGAAUUUAUGGCUAACCCUUUUUGCUGGAAUGCUUUUGGGGCUGUACAGACACUUACUAUCCCACCAGUUUCUUGUUUGCAGGAAGGCAUCCCGCAGUUUCUAACUCAGGACAUUAUUGAUCAGUGUUGA